AUGGCGACCUUCAAGCGAUGCAAACUUCUUUUUUCCCUCUACAUUCUUCUCCCUUUGGCUAUUCUCGCAAACCCAGCUCAUGGGGCUCCUUAUCAGACUCGUAUUCUUGAGACCGGCAGUACCUUCAGUGCUCCAGAUCCACAUGGCCCAUGGCAAAUGAUUCCCAGCAAUCCCACCGAAGACCUGGCCUACAUCAAAACCACCAAUACCGGAACUGGGAAGGUAGAGGUUCACAUCGCGUCGGGUUCAUCUGGAUUCAGGACUCGCACCCUUGAAGUUGGGACAACAUUUGUCUCUGAGGAUAAUGGAACGUGGCAACUGAUUGAUGCAGACGGUGAUGGCAGACCUGAUCUUGUUUACAUUAAGACCAGGAAUACCGGGACCGGUAGGGUGGAGGUACACAUUGCGUCCGCGUCAUCCAACUAUCAGACACGUAUUCUGGAAACGGGAACCACGUUCUACCCGGAGGAUAAUGGUGUUUGGCAGAUGGCAGACUUCGACCAUGAUGGAAAGCUGGAUCUAAUUUAUAUUAAGACCCGUAAUACGGGCACAGGGAAGGUCGAAGUGCACGUGGCAUCUGGAGCGUCAAACUACCAGAGGCGAAUCCAGGAGGUUGGGACGACAUUUUACUCAGAAGACAAUGGCGCCUGGCAGAUGGUCGACUUCGAUCGCGAUGGAAAAUUGGAUCUAGCUUACAUCAAGACUCAGAACACGGGAACUGGAAAGGUUGAGGUGCAUGUUGCGUCUGGCUCGUCCACCUACAACACUCGCGUUCAGGAGGUUGGCACGACCUUCUACCCGGAGAACAAUGGAUUCUGGGAAUUGAGUGAUUUCAAUCACGAUGGCAUCCUUGAUCUAGUAUAUAUCAAGACGCACGACACCGGAACUGGAAGCAUUGAAGUCCAUGUGGCGUCAGGGAAGUCGUGA